GGGCCGGCGCCGCGCCGCGCGCGAGGCAGCCGCCUCCCUCCCCUGCCCCCAGUGCCGGCCGCUCGCGCCCUACUGUGCACGUGUGUGCGUGUGUGAGGCCUGCAACGCGCCUGCGCCGGUCGAAAUGCGUCGGAGCGAGCCGGGUAAAGGGUCUGACGGCGCCUUACCGAACCAGUGACAUCACAUUAUAGACCAGUGACGUCAUGGAUCUGACGAUGGAGCGGGCGCGCCGUCUGCAGAUCCGCCAGCUGGGCCCCGAGCUCACCUGUCACCUGUGUCACGGAUACUUCGUCGACGCCUUCACCGUCGUCGAGUGCCUCCACUCGUUCUGCAAGGCGUGCAUUGUGCAGCAUGUGAAGCGAUCGAGCGAAUGCCCCAGGUGCGGGCUCCAGCUGAACAAGGCGCGCCUGGCCGCUGCCAUCCGGCCCGACCAGACUCUGCAGUCUGUCGUUUACAAACUGGUGCCGCGGCUGUUUAACGAGGAGAUGCAGAGACGGCGAGACUUCUACAAGAACCAAGACCAUUCGCUACGAGACCGGAGCCUGUCGCCGGAGCGGCGGGGAGACGUCAGCUCCCAGCAGUUUGUCUACACCCUCACCGAGCCCAUCAGCUUCAGCUUGGAGUUCGCCAGAAUUGGGUUCCGCGAUGGUGAGCGGACAGACCUUCCCUCGGUACGCUACUUCCAGGCACCUGCAGGUCUUGGUAUCAGCCAAUUGAAGAAACUGCUCCGCCUCAAACAUGGACUGAGACCGCGUGAUGCCAAGGUGGACAUCCUCUACAAAGGUCAAGUGGUACCGGAUGACCUGUCCGUGAUGGAUGUGGCCUGUCAAUACAACUGGGACCGGGCGGCGCCGAUGGCGUUUUUCUAUCGCUGGACGAGGAAGCGCGCCGCUUCGACCGCUGCGUCGACCAGCGCUUCGACCGUCGAUCCGACCGCGCCGCCAACCAAGAGAUCGAAAAACUCCUGCACGGUGCCGGAAGCGAGGGCGGUGUCGGAGGCGGUAAGGGUGGAGGCGGUGACGAGAGAGAAGGAGGAGCAGCAGGUCGACAAGAAGCAGACCCGACUGGAGGGCGGGGCCCGGUUGGGCGCCUCGCCUCUGCGGAAGGUGGGCUCUAAGCUGAGUGGGGCUACUGUGAACGGUCGGCACUCACUGACUGCUGGAGAGGCUGUACCAACUCCCCAGUCGCCAGAAAAAGUGGCGUCUGGUCCAAAGACUGCCGAUACGGCGGACACUAGGGCUGCGGUGACGCCACGGAAGGGUUCAGAUAGUGAUGUACCUCAGGGGUUCACGGGGCAAUCGGCUGACCCGGACACCAAACCCUCUGUGACGUCUCAGGAUGGUUCAAACAACAUGGAGCGACCGGGAGCCUCUGAGCAGUCGGUCGCCGCGAACCCAGGGCCUCAGCCAGAUCCCAGCGGGCGUGAUUCACACCCCAGUACUUUGUUGACAAAUGGUGGGGCUGCGGCGAGCGGCGGGGUCUGCACAACAUCCGCUCCUGGGUGGAGUGGCAGUGACCGGGGCGGCGGUGGCGCGACCCGGUGCACCCCGAGCGAGCCCUCCGCGCUGUUAGACCAGCAGGGCACCACGGCUGAGGAGAAUGCGGGUACGAGCCGAGAAGUCGGUGGUGAUCACCACGGGAGGGGUCCAACCGCCAAUGGCAAGUGCCUGAAUGUGCAAAGUGCAAAUGCUGCUCCGGAACAGCUCACACACCAGGCAAACAAAAUGUCAAAAUCAGGUUUUGGGACUCCAAAACAGGACAAGUCAAUGGAAAAGGGUGAUACAAUGACGAAUGUAGACCAAGCUAAGGAGACCCGUAAGACAACAAACUGGGAAGAUGGAGGCAAAGGAGAAAGACAAAUAAAUGGAGCAUCGAAUCUUGGUGCACAACGAAACGGUCACAAUCGUUCUUUGUCGGGAAGCUCCUGCUCUGAAAGGAAAACAUUGAAAGACAAACGCAUCAAGCGUAUCGCAGGGCACUUUUCUAGUCCACAUGAUAAAUCAAAAGAUACAACUUAUACCUCUUUGUCGUCAAAUGGUACCUCUGUCAGUCGCAAAACGCUCAAUCCUAGUGCCAAGGAAUGUGCCUUGGAGCCUGGGGAGAUCUUGAAAUCCCCUGAGAAAUCCGGGAAGCCACCCGUUGCAUCAAACGGCCUCCAAGCCAGAAGUACAACUGAUUCAAUGAAACGAGCACUCGACGUUAUUUCACCCUCGUCUACCGCCCCUUCAAGGUUUGCCACUUCUUCAUCCGAACGAUCAUCGACAACUCCUACGCCCCACUCAAGACAGUUCUUUUCGAGAGAGGCUAACGUUCCGAGAAGAAAUAAGAGUGGCAACGAAGACCCGGCCAGUGUGGGCACACCAAGCCCUUCUUCGGCGCUUAAGGACGGUGGCAGCGCAGCCAGGAUGCCCAUUGAUGUGUACGAUUUUGACGACGAGGCUGAAGAAAACGCUUCCAUUCGAUUGAGGAUCCUGUCACCGACCAAGGAACUUGUUGGUGACUAUUCCAAGCGACAAAAACUGCAGCGGCCGCCUGAGAAAGGUUUCUUCAAUGGCCAUGAGACAAAGAAACAAAAGCACAACGGGACCCAAUCGAAGGACCAUUCACUUCCGUUGACCGGUACCUCAGCAUCUACACCUCCUAUAAAUACUCAUCCAGCACAUUCUGAGAGUCAUCUUGUCCAUCGUCCUCACCCUUCCAACCCUUUAGCUGGAACCGUUCCCCAGCAACAUGUUCUUCCUGAUGCCUCGACUGUUCCUCCACAGCGUCCGGCUCCUCCCGGCACCCCCGGAGUGUCCGCCCCUCACCGUUCUCCUCCUAGCCCCGCCCCCGCCCCCGCCCCCGCCCCCGCCCAGCGUCCGGCGGCUCCGGCGGGCGGCCAGCCGUCGGCGGUGCCGCCCUCGCCGCGCCGCAGCCUGGCGUCGCUGCCGGCGCUGCGUCCGAUCGGCGCCGGCGCCAUCCCGCUGAUGACGGGCCAGCUGGACCAGUUCCUGUGGCUGGUCAGCCAGUCGGCCGUCUCCCACCCGAACGGCUCCUGGCGGCUGCCGGCCGACGCCUCGGCGCUGCUGAGCCGCGCCACGGCGCCCAGCCAGCCGGCGUCCGGCAAACCGAUCCGACCCAAACCCACGCAGAGGAAACCCUCGGGUGACGCUAAACAAAGCAGCCAGGUGAAAUCCGCGUCCCAAAGUAACUUCACAACACAAACCAAUGGUUCUCAGCCAGCUACGUAUUCCGUCCAAAAUAGCAACGCCACCGCAUCAAGUACUUCCGUACAAGACAAGUCAAUGAAGAAUGGAAGGAAAACUCCGCAUCAGGCGUCACCUCUUCAGCAAUCUGCAUCGCUGAAGGCCAGUGGGAUAUCGUCGGGCUACCCAUCGGACGGCAUGCUUAGUGAAGAGGUCAGCAUCACCCGGAUCCCCCGUUCGGCCAAUGGUUCCGCGUCCGGCCGGCCCUCGCCGUCGCCGGCUCCGGCCGAUCAUCCGUGUUCUCCGGCCGGCCGCGCCACCGCCGAUGGCAGUGUAACCAUCGAGAAGAUCCGCGCCGCGCCGGCUUCGCAGCCGCAGCCGGCCCGGCCGCCCAACUCGCCCAAACUGCUGGCCAUCGCCGAGAGUCUGGCCAUGAAGCAGAUCCAGGCGGCGGCCGGCAAGACGCCCCCUCCGGUGUCGGCCGCGCCUCCGCCGUCGGCGCUCGGCAGUCUGCUGUCGCUGUCGCAGUCGCAGCAGUUGGGAGUGUCGCGGCAGCCGUCGGCCGGCGAUCAGUCGGCGGCGCGGUGCCGGCCGGUGAGCGGCAGCGCGGCGCGCCGUCAGAUCCCCAACCCGGCGCUGCUGCACCAGCAGUCGCAGGGCCGGCUGACGGUGCUGAACGUGCUGCCGGCAGAGGCAGCCGGCACCGGCUCCUGCAGCGGCUCCAGCACCUCGUCCGGCUCGCUGGCGCGCAUGGAGAGGCUGACCAACUCGCUGGGUAGGUAGCAUCGGCUGCUGAGCUUACAAAGAACUGAUGGGUGGGCCGGUCUCCGAGGAUGUUGGGCGCUGUGAACUGAGACGGUUACAGGGUUGAGCUGCGAUUAAGUGUGAAGUGAAGGAGGUGGAUCUCACUGGUCCAUCCGUGCGAUCUCCGUGGUGGACAGUGGCUUCUUUGUGAGAGGCUAGCAGCCAAAUCAUACGAUUUUUACUCGAUUCAUUCAUAGCUAUCACACAACUGCUCAGAAUAGUGCAAACUGUUCACUUUAUGCCAAUUUUGAUAAUGAUCGAUCUCCUCGCUGUUUUAUAUUGGUGUUCGUAGUAUAUAUGAACAGGUAACUCAGACAGGUGCAGAUGGCCAUUCGACUGAUUUGUUAACCACUCAACUGAUUUGUAAACGUUUUGUGGGCGAUAUCAUGUAUCUUGCUCAAAACUGUCACCGUUCGAUUGUCUGCGUUUGUGAGUGCUGUUGGCGUUCUGCGAAGUGCGAAUCCGUCAGUUCUUGUGUCAAAGGAAGGUGCUCAGCUCAGUGCUCCCGUUGUGUUCGUAGUUUCUCGUAAAUUCGCCCAUAUCAGUGUGUUUAAUUCAUUGAAGUGUAAGUGUAUUCUGAUGAUAAUAAUUGUGUAGGCAUUUCAAUACAUGCAUGAUGCGAUGAAGAUA